AUGCCCCACUCCCACUCACGCAAGUCCCGCGCCCUCCUCACUGCGUAUGGAGACUCCUUCGUCGGACCUCUCGAGUUGCUAGGGGAUAAAGUGAUCGUGAAAAAGUAUUCGGGGGCGAGUGCCAAGGGCCUGAACAACCCCAAGAGUGUAAGCCAAACAGGUCAGGAACUCCUCUUCCACAUGGAUCGGUUCCGUCCUCCCAAAGACUUGCAAGUCGUCUACCUGUACAAAGUCUCUGAGUCUGAACGACUCCAUACCCCGCCUCCCGACCCAGAUGCGUGGGUCCAAACAGUCUUCUCUGCCUACUCUACCUACCUGCGUGGAAAGAUUCUCCCCCACCUCUUUUCCGAGAACACCCCCGAUCCAGAUCGAUUCGUCACCCAUUUGUACAUCUCCUCCGUCACUGCCCCUACAGUGCCGGACGAGUACCUCGACCGCUGCAGUGAGAAGUAUAACGAGAGCGCUGCUGCUGCGUGGCAAGAGGCAGGGAUCAAGCUCUCUUCCGCACGGGCGGCAACGGACUUGGAGACCCGGAGGCGUAUGGUGCGAGAUUUUAACCGCAUGCUGGAGGAGUUCUGCAAAGAAGCUGGGGAAGGGGUGUACUACGUCGACCUCAACCCGCGGAUUACCGACCCUCUCACCGGAGAGGUGCUUCCCCCCUACCUCGUCCCCGACAAAAGCACGAUCCACGUAGUGUGGGAGACGACGAUCGGCUUCUGGGUCGAUGCGCUACAAGGGGCUGGACUGACGCAGGAGGAUGUACCCCCGGAUUUGGAAGAGAGUUUGAGGAAUUACGAGGAGGAUAAGAGGGGGAGGAUGGAUAGGCAGAGCCCGGCGCCUAGGAGGCAUAUGCGAUAUUCGAGUGCGAAUAUUCAGACUGCGAGCCCGGGCACGCCUACGCAGCCGGGCUCACCUUGGGGCACCUCGGGCGAGAAGGAACCAACGCGCUCGCAGUUCGAGUCUAGGGGAGAGAGGGCGUUUUCCCACAUGCGACCUCGGGGUGAGCCGGGGAAGGAGAGGGAGAAUGGGGAGAAGGAGAAGGAGAAGGAGAAGAAGGCGGUUUAUAUACCGCCUCAUUCGCGGCUUUCCACGUCUUCUCCGACCGUCUCGCCGUCGGAACAACCGUUCAGUCCUACCCUCUCCCCAUCACCAACGAGCCGAGGCAGUGCAGGGAACGGAAGAUCUUUUCCUGGUGGGGGAACGGGGGAGGGGGGAGGGGGAAAGAACGUCGUACCACAAGAUGAUCCGAGGAGGAUGGGAAGUUUUGUACAUGGGUAUGGGUAUGCGACCCGCAGGCAAGGGAGUACGCCGGUGAGCGGGGAGGGGAAAUGGGUGAUAGCCUUGAGCAGGGAAAGACUGCAAGAGAAAUGGUGCAUGUAUAGGUGA